UCUGACUUGAAGAUAGUGCUUGGUGACAUCGCAGUUGUUUUCGUGACAGUGUGUGGAAAUCUACUGGUGAUCAUCUCCAUCUGCCACUUCAAGCAGCUCCACACACCAACCAACUUCCUCCUCCUCUCUCUGGCUGUGGCGGACUUUCUAGUUGGAGCAACUGUGAUGCCUUUCCACUUUAUUAUGUUGAUUGAUCCGGACUGGUGCAUUGGCGAAUUGUAUUGCGCCAUUAAUAAUGUAGUUUCCUAUUCCCUGACUGGUGUGUCAAUUAAUAGCGUCGUUUUUAUUGCAGUGGACCGAUACUUCGCUCUCAGCAGCCCUUUUCUUUACUGCACUAAAAUGACAGGGAAGCUAACUUUAAGGAUCAUAUUGAUUCUCUGGUUGUAUACAUUCAUAUACAAUGUGGCUCUUCUGUAUAGCAAUGGAAAUAUCCCUGAAAUGAAGGAAAAUACUACAUGUGUCGACUGUAUUGUCAUAAUAGAUGAAAUAUGGGCCAUUACUGACUUUCUUAUAGUACUCGUUCUGCCGUGCAUAACAAUAAUGAUUAUUUAUGUGAAAAUUUUUUAUAUUGCCAAAAAGCAUGCAAAUAAUAUCACGUGUGUCAUGAAACAACAUACAAACAGCAGAAAAGUAAAUAAUUAUUCAAUGGCAUCUGAAAGAAAAGCAGCAAAAACACUAUCAAUUCUUGUGGUAGUGUUCCUACUGUGUUUAGUACCCUGCUUUGCAAGCGUUUUUGUUGAUGUAUAUGUUAAGAAACCAUCUGUGUAUCUUUCCGUUCUAAUUACCUUAACUCUACUUUAUGUAAAUUCAUCAUUGAACCCUAUAAUAUAUGCCCUAUUCUAUCCAUGGUUUCAAAAGUCAGUAAAACUCAUUUUAACACUCAGGAUAUGUGGAACAGAGUCUUCCCUUAUGAAUGUGUUUAUAAAGGAAACAUAAAAACUUUGCUGUAUAUAAUAAUGAAGAAAUCAAACAUUAUAGUUUUA